AUGCGUGAAAUUAUUUCUAUUCAUAUAGGUCAAGCUGGUAUCCAAGUUGGUAAUUCAUGUUGGGAACUAUAUUGUUUGGAACAUGGAAUAGAUAAAGAUGGUACAUUUAAAAAAGAUUAUAAAAGAGGUAAUGAUGUAAAAUAUGAAACAUUUUUUAGAGAAUCAUCAACUAAAGAUAAAGUUGUACCACGUUCUUUAUUUAUUGAUUUAGAACCAACAGUUAUUGAUGAAAUUAGAAGUGGUGAUUAUAGGGAAUUAUUUCAUCCAAAUCAAUUAAUUAAUGGAAAAGAAGAUGCUGCAAAUAAUUAUGCAAGAGGACAUUAUACAGUUGGUAAAGAACUUUUAGAUUUAUCAUUACAAAGAAUUAGAGAAUUAACAGAUGAAUGUGACGGAUUACAAGGAUUUUUCUUAUUCCAUAGUGUUGGUGGAGGUUCAGGUUCAGGAUUUGGUUCAUUAUUAUUGCAAAAAUUAGCUUCAGAAUAUGGUAAAAAAUCAAAAAUUGAUUUUUGUAUUUAUCCAUCACCACAAGUUUCAACAGCUGUAGUUGAACCAUAUAAUUGUGUACUUUCAACUCAUUCUUUAUUAGAACAUUGUGAUGUUACAUUUAUGUUAGAUAAUGAAGCAAUUUAUGAUGUUUGUAAAAAAAAAUUACAUAUUGAACGUCCAUCAUAUGCAAAUCUUAAUAGAAUGAUAGCACAAGUUAUAAGUUCAUUAACAUCAUCACUUCGUUUUCCAGGUCAAUUAAAUGUUGAUAUUAAUGAAUUUCAAACCAAUUUAGUUCCAUUCCCACGUAUUCAUUUCCUUUUAGCAUCAUAUGCACCAUUAAUUUCAAUAGAGAAUGCAAAUCAUGAACAAGUUACAGUUAGUGCAAUUACAAACUCUGUAUUCAGUAAUGAUAACCUUUUGGCUAAAUGUGAUCCAAGUUCUGGUAAAUAUAUGUCUUGUUGUCUUUUAUAUCGUGGUAAUAUGACACCAAAUGAAGCUCAAACUGCUGUUGCUGAUAUUAAAACUCAAAAAUCAAAAACUGUUAAUUUUACAAGUUGGUCAAAAGGUACAGGUUUUAAAUGUGGUAUUAAUUCAUCAAUACCAACAGUGGUUCCAGGUGGUGAUAUGGCAAAUAUUGAGAAAGCUGUUUGUUUACUUUCAAAUACAACUUCAAUUUCACAAAUCUUUAAUAGAUUAAAUAGAAAAUUUUCAUUAAUGUUUGAAAAGAGAGCAUUUGUUCAUUGGUAUGUUGGUGAAGGUAUGGAAGAAGGUGAAUUUGCUGAAGCAAGAGAUGAUCUACUUGCCUUGGAAAAAGAUUAUGAAAGUUUAGCUGAAGACUUAGAUGAUGAACAAGUAGAAGAACAAGAAUAUUAA